CCACCCCCGUCCGCCAGUUCUUCCUUCCCCUCCCGUGCAUGAUGGAAACACCAUGGCUGCGGCGGCCCAGCUCUCCCUGACACAGUUAUCAAGUGGGAAUCCUGUGUAUGAAAAAUACUAUAGACAGGUUGAUACUGGCAAUACUGGAAGGGUAUUGGCUUCUGAUGCUGCUGUUUUCCUGAAAAAAUCAGGGCUCCCAGACUUGAUACUUGGAAAGAUUUGGGAUUUAGCUGACACAGAUGGCAAAGGUAUCCUAAACAAACAGGAAUUCUUUGUUGCUUUGCGUCUUGUGGCAUGUGCCCAGAAUGGAUUGGAGGUUUCACUGAGUAGCUUGAACCUGGCUGUUCCUCCACCAAGAUUUCAUGAUACCAAUAGUCCCUUGCUUAUCAGUGGAACCUCUGCAACUGAGCUCCCAUGGGCUGUAAAAUCUGAAGAUAAGGCCAAAUAUGAUGCAAUUUUUGACAGUUUAAGCCCAGUAAAUGGAUUUCUGUCUGGUGAUAAAGUGAAACCAGUGUUGCUCAACUCUAAGUUACCUGUGGAUAUCCUUGGAAGAGUUUGGGAGUUGAGUGAUAUUGACCAUGAUGGAAUGCUUGACAGAGAUGAGUUUGCAGUGGCCAUGUUUUUGGUAUACUGCGCACUGGAGAAAGAACCUGUGCCAAUGUCCUUGCCUCCAGCCUUGGUGCCACCUUCUAAGAGGAAAACGGUCAGUAUAUCAGGCCCUAUGUGGUUGAUCCCCACCUCAGCAUCAGCCAAGGAAUCUUACCACUCCUUACCACCUGUAGGCAUUUUACCUACCAAAGCACCAUUAAGACAGUGGGUUGUAUCACCUGCAGAAAAAGCUAAAUAUGAUGAAAUCUUCCUGAAAACUGAUAAAGAUAAUGAUGGAUUUGUGUCUGGAUUGGAAGUCCGUGAAAUCUUCCUGAAGACAGGUUUACCUUCUACUUUACUAGCCCAUAUUUGGGCAUUAUGUGACACAAAGGACUGUGGGAAGCUUUCAAAGGAUCAGUUUGCCUUAGCUUUUCACCUAAUCAAUCAGAAGUUAAUAAAGGGCGUCGAUCCUCCUCACAUUCUUACUCCUGAGAUGAUUCCACCAUCAGACAGGGCCAGUUUACAAAAGAACAUCAUAGGAUCAAGUCCUGUUGCAGAUUUCUCUGCUAUUAAGGAGCUAGAUACCCUUAACAAUGAACUAGUUGAUCUACAGAGGGAAAAGAAUAAUGUGGAACAGGACCUUAAGGAGAAAGAAGAUAUUCUUAAACAGAGAACAAGCGAGGUUCAGGAUCUUCAAGAUGAAGUCCAAAGGGAGAAUACUAAUCUGCAGAAACUACAGGCCCAGAAACAGCAAGUGCAGGAGCUCCUUGAUGGCCUGGACGAGCAGAAAGCCCAGCUGGAGGAGCAGCUCAAGGAAGUCCGAAAGAAAUGCGCUGAGGAGGCCCAGCUGAUCUCAUCCCUGAAAGCUGAGUUAACUAGUCAAGAAUCUCAGAUCUCCACUUACGAAGAAGAGCUGGCCAAAGCUAGAGAAGAGCUCAAUCGCCUACAGCAAGAAACAGCAGAACUGGAGGAGAGUGUGGAGUCAGGGAAGGCCAAGCUGGGACCUCUUCAGCAGCACCUGCAAGAUUCACAGCAGGAAGUCAGUUCAAUGCAAAUGAAACUGAUGGAGAUGAAAGAGCUGGAAAACCAUAAUAAUCAACUAAACUGGUGCAGUAGCCCACACAGCAUUCUCGUAAAUGGCGCUACAGAUUACUGCAGCCUCAGCACCAGCAGCAGUGAAACAGCCAACCUGAGCGAGCACGCCGACGGCCAGAGUGCGCUGGAGUCUGAGCCUAUACACCAGGAGUCUCCAGCAAGAAGUAGUCCUGAAAUACUGCCUUCCGGUGUUAUUGAUGAAAAUGAAAUGGUGACUGCAGCUGUUAAUGAAAAAGUUUGUCCUCAAGUCAACAGUGGCAGUCAUUCAAAAGAGGAAGAUCCUUUUACUGUAGAAUCAAGUUCACUGACAGAUCCAGUUGCAGAUACAAACUUGGAUUUUUUUCAGUCUGAUCCUUUUGUUGGCAGUGAUCCUUUCAAGGAUGAUCCUUUUGGGAAAAUUGAUCCAUUUGGAGGUGAUCCUUUCAAAGGUUCAGACCCAUUUGCAUCUGACUGUUUCUUCAAGCAGUCUUCUGCCGAUCCUUUUGCUGCUUCCAGUGCCGAUCCUUUCAGUGCAGCCAGCAAUAGCAGUAAUACAUCCGUAGAAACAUUGAAACACAAUGAUCCUUUUGCUCCUGGUGGAACGGUUGUUGUUGCAGCUAGUGAUUCAGCCACAGACCCCUUUGCUUCUGUUUUUGGAAAUGAAUCGUUUGAAGAUGGAUUUGCUGACUUCAGCACAUUGUCAAAGACAAAGGUCAACAAUGAAGAUCCUUUUAGUUCAGCUACAUCGAGCUCUGCCAGCAAUGUGGUUGUUACAAAAAAUAUGCUGGAGGAAGCACCAGUCAAAAAUGAAGAUGUACCCCCUGCACUGCCACCAAAGAUCGGAACUCCAACAAGACCUUGCCCACUGCCACCUGGAAAAAGACCUAUCAACAAAUUGGAUUCUUCCGAUCCCUUUAAACUGAAUGAUCCAUUUCAGCCUUUCCCAGUCAAUGAUAGCCCCAAAGAAAAAGAUCCUGAUAUGUUUUGCGAUCCAUUUACUUCUACUACUACUACCACUACCAAUAAAGAGGCUGACCCAAGCAAUUUUGCUAACUUCAGUGCUUAUCCCUCUGAAGAAGACAUGAUUGAAUGGGCCAAGAGGGAAAGCGAGAGAGAGGAAGAGCAGAGGCUUGCCAGACUGACUCAGCAAGAGCAAGAAGACUUAGAACUGGCAAUUGCACUCAGCAAAUCUGAGAUUUCAGAAGCAUGAAGAAUUCUCCUCUCCUUUGUCAACCAUGUAAUGCUCUUCUUCUUGAAUGCUGAAGCUAUUUACAGUGUAUAUCAAAACUACCAUAAGCAUGGGGAUACAAAAGGUUUGAGGUUCCUGUAAAUGUGACAAAAGUUUGUUUUUUUAAAAAAAUUCAUUUCAGAUUUGUCUUCCCCCACCCCUUCCCCGUAAAAGCAGUAGCCGAGUCAGACAGCUUCACCUACGUCCCUGUUCUGGUGUGCAUUUACUGUGAGCUUUUGCCUGCCUCUGCUACUUCUACGUGUUAAAACCAGAGCACCCAAGCUUCUGCUUUCUGGAAUAUAGAAAAAUAGCUUCACCCCUGUGCUACCCUUGUUCUCUAGUUACUCUGCUGAUAGCCAGUGGGGUCCUUAAAAGUUACAGUAUUCUCUCCUGAUUUGGAUGGAUGAGGGAGGAGAAGGGAUAGACCAUCCUAUUUCUUUUAUGAUAGUAAAGAUUAACUAAAGUGCGUGUUUGUAUUUCCAUAGAAUCAAAAAACUGUUUUUUUAAUAGACAAGGAAAAAUAUUUUGCAUAAAGUGACUCCAUUAUUGAAAAAGGGAUGCUUUAGAUUGAACCAUUACAGCUUCAGACUGAAUUUAAAGAAUUUUAGAUAAACAGAUACCUCUCCAGAAUUUUAAGUGCUAGACAAUGGAGAAAAUUUAUCCCCUAGAAUAUACCCAUCAGCACAAGGUGAGCAAACAUCAGAGUGUGGCAGUUGUUCUGCCUUUGCUGUGGCACUGUCCUCGGCGGUUCGUGGUAGGUUAUUUUUGUACUUUUGCAGAAGAGACUUUAGCAGGCUAGAACUGGAAGGUACUUUAAUUUUUUGUAUAUAUAUUUUUGUUUUCUUUAAUGAAGGCUCAGUUACUUGAAAUGUAAAACUUCACUGAAUACAAAUGAAAAAAGUAACAUGUAUUAAAUCAUACUGCUUUUUGUACAUCUUUGUGGUUUAAAAUAGUUUAUUCUCUUCAUGUUUUUUGCCUAUGAAAUCGGCAGUCUGGCUAAAAAAAAUCUUGUUUUUUUAAUAAUUGGGAGAUAAGAGACCUGCCAAAUUAUUAAAACUCUUCAUGUGUUAAAAGCCUAUCUUCUGUAAAACUGACCUAGCAGACAAGCUGAAUUUGAAAUAGGCUGUAAGGUGUAAUCUUAAUAUUUUUUAACAUCAGUUACUGACUUAGGUAAUGUAUUGAAUACUUAUUUACCAAGAUAAAGAAAAACGCACUUAAAACUAAUUAAAAGUCUCUCUCGUCAUCAAGUCAAAGUUGUAUUAAUCUGUGUUAAUCAGUAACUUACUGCCGAGCCUAUGAAUAAAUUCCAAAACAUCCAGUUCAUUUCAUCUUGAAA